AAUAAAAUACAACUAUUACCAUGGAGUUCUAAUUUUUACGACAGACGAAAGGGAUGAGCUGGGAAGUCGAGACGGGGCGAAGGGACGGGAGAGUGUCGACCAUGAGCGAGGCCUUCGGCCUGAUCCCGCCGUCGGCCAACAUCUCGACCCUGAUCGCCGGCUUCCGAGCCCGCGGCCUCUCCGUCAAGGACCUGGUGGUUUUACAAGGCAGCCACACCAUCGGAAUCUCCCACUGCUCUUCCUUCACCAACAGGAUCUACAACUUCACGGGGAAAGGGGACGUGGACCCGACUCUGGACUCGGAGUGCAUCCCCAAGCUCCGGGGCAAGUGCCGGUCGCCGGCGGACCAGACCACGGUGGUGGAAAUGGACCCGGGAAGUUUUAAGACUUUUGACGACGGGUAUUUCAAGCUCGUCGCUAAAAGGAGGGCUUUGUUCCAGUCCGACGCGGCCAUGCUCGACGACGAUGAGACCAAGGCUUACGUGGAGAAGUCCCUGACCGCUGGAUCUACUUUCCUGAAGGACUUCGGGGAAUCGAUGGUUAGGAUGGGCAGGAUCGGCGUGCUGACUGGGCAAGCGGGGGAAAUCAGGAAAGUAUGUUACAAGAUUAAUUAAGUGGAUUAACUUUCGUAAUUUCUAAGUUGAAUAUUAUAUAUGUAUUUAAAAAAAGGUGGGUUGUAAUCACGAAGGUAUAUCGUCGCUAAUUAUAUGGUUCGAAAGACGGCUCAGAAUGGCCGUCAAAUAGGGUUUGCGAGAGGUAAUUGUUGAUUCAAGUUGGUAGUGAAAGAGUUGAGGUUUUUAUUUGGUUUAUGUCAAUUUUAUUGGUGUUGAUAAUAUCGGCAAAAGAUAUUAAGAUAUUUUUCUUUUUUUUUUUUCUUUUCGCUGUAACGGUGCUCUUUGUGCUUCGAGGAGAAAGAAGAUAAGAUAACUAUUAUAAUAAUCAAUAAAGAGAGCAUUAGUUUUUAUUUUUGGGUUUACUUAAUUAUUAUUUCUACAUCAUAUUGUUGUUAGUAAUAAAUCCUUUUCAUUAUUGAACUCGAGCGUAACUCAUUGCUACGUUUCAUUAUACUGUUUCAUUUAUCUUCAUUCUUCAUCGAUCAUAAGCAUAUAAUUUAUCAACAACUAAUUUGUUACUUCAAUAACUCAAAUCAUUUGGUCGAGCCAGAAAUUUAUCUUAUACCAUUACACCAUUGCUUUUUAUGAAGCCGGUUUGCAAAAAAUGCACCAACUUGGAGAACUCACCAUUAGGGAUGUCAAUGGUAGAGUCGGGUGCGGGUUUACCCUAUACCAACUCCUAACUCGCCGGGUAGAUCUUUCUAAAAUACCCGACUAAAUAACUACCGGGUAUGCAAAUGAUAUAACCAUACCCUACCCACCGGGUAACCACGGGUAUUCGGGUAACCAUGGGUACAAAUCCUAAAAUAUGAACUUAUACACAUAUAUGCACGUACAUACUGUUGUCCAUUAAAAAUUCUUAAUACUUGUAACUGUUCUACCUUCAACAAUCCACACAAAUAAAAACAACAAACACAUAAUAAUUGUUUUUUCUUCUACAAUCCACACAAACAAAAACACAAUACAUCAUAUUUGUUCUAGCUUCAACAAUCCCCACAUAAACAAAAACAGCAAAGACAAUAUUAGAACCAGACCACAUCAAAUGCUCACUGCUUAACUUAUGCUUCAUGACAUCCAUCAAUGCAUCAUUAGUAGAACAAUUAUCCAAGGUAAUCGUAGAUACCUUUGUAUCAAUAUCCCAACCAAGUAAAGUUUCAAGAAGAGCUUGAGCAAGCACCUCACUUGUGUGUGGGCAAGGAAAAUCGACUGCUGGGUAGGGUUAGGGCUAGGGAAAUUGACCCUUUGGUUAGCGGGGAGGGUAUAACAAGGCGGGUAUUAUCGAUUACCAUACUCGUACCCUACCCUUUAUUUUGAAAUCGGGUAUUACCCGAACCCGCCCCUUAUCCCGUCAAAGCGGGUAAUUACCCUCGUUGACCGGUUACGAUCAUGUAAGGUACCCAUGGUUACGGGUUGGAUUGCAUCCCUACUCACCACUAGCUAGGAAAACCCUAAUUUAACAACCAAUUAGAGUACCGUCAUGCGUCAUGGAGAAAGCGAUUAAGGCCAUACAUAAAGAGGUAAGGUAAUGGAGUCGUUAUAACCAAUUCAUUCUAAUAACUCGUCUUUUUAAUAGAGUCGGGAGAGUACAUAUCAUUUUUCCUAUAUAAAUGUGCAAAUUGAGAGAAAUUUGUGCACCGAGUUUGUAGCUUAUACGAGUUCAAAUUAAGAUGUGGCUUACACCCUUUUAAUAUUGGGGACUACUAAACUUUGAAUGACAAUAUAUUUUGGUCAUAACUCUAAUAUCACACACAAACGAAACGAAAUUAUGUAUCAUUCUUUUCCAUGAUCGUGCAAACUAAAACCUACAUUUAUGAAAGAAAAUAUUUACUAACUACACUCCAUCUGAAUUUGGAGGUGAAUAAAUUAAAAAUCUAUGU